UAGGUGAAAAUAAUGUGGCGUCAGUCGGUGAGGAAACACAGUGAAGAGAAAGAAGAACGCCUGAUUUGUAUCGACCGAGUAAAAAUCAUUUGUUGGUCGCUGUGGCUUCUCCUUUUUCCCUUAUUUUCUAUCAUCAUACGUUUUAGACAGCAACAAAAGAUUUAUUUCAUUGUUAUUGGAAUAAUGUACCAAAAUAUAAUUUAAAAAACAAGUAUAUUAAUAGAAGAAAGAAAAAAAAAAAAAAGAUGGCAGGCAAUGCAGAAAUAAAUGGUAAAACAAUGACGGAAAUAUUAGAGGAUGUUGUCGAGGGUGAGGAAGUUAUAUUCGAAUCUGAAGAUGUUGGAAAUGGUGAAGAUGGUGAAGUCGAGGAAAUUGUUGAAAUAAUUGAAGAAAUAGUUGAAGUAGAUGAUGAUGAUGAGACAGAGGAAGGAACCAACCAAUCACAACAAAAACAAAUUUAUUACCAACAAGAUGAAGAGGGAGAAAAUUUGGAAGAGGAAUAUUUAGAUGAAUUUGCAGAUGUGAAAAAUAUAAAAAUGAAUCGUGGAGAAUGUUCUAAUAAAGAAAGAGUUGAUGAAUAUAUAAAAGACAAUAUUAUUGAAAAUGGUGAAGGAGUUUCUAUUAAACGUGUCAAGAGUCGUGUUGGUAAUGGUUUAACGAAAGGUGAAUUUGGAAAUAUUGUUGCCUAUCACGUUGAGGAGGAUUGGGAAGACGAGGAAUUAGAUCAAGGAAAUAAUCACAUCGAUGCUGAUAAUUCACGAACUGAAGUGGAAUACGAACACCAAGGUUUAAGUAAUGCUGACAGCGAAAGUCAGGAUGAAAUUGUAAAAAAUGCUGAAAAUAAUUUAGUUUAUACAGUUCUUAAUCCAAAGAAACCCUCAACUAUCGUGAGGACAAAUCAUAAUCCCAAAUAUCAGGAAUCUGAUUUUAUAAAGAUGGAGAGAAUGGAAGAAGAGGCAAUUUGUUAUGAAGGUGGAGAUUUGGAUGCUUUGUAUGUGAAUAAUGAAACAGUUGUCGAAACUCCAAAUCAACAGCAAUACGAAUUCGCAGAUGUUUCCAUGGAAAAUGCACAAGAUUGGGAACCGGAACAACCUGCUGAGGUGGAACAGGAAGAUAGUAAUCAAGAUCAAAUAUUUCUCCACGAAGACGAAGAUGGACAAUUGUACUUUAAAGACGAUACUGGAACUUUACAACCUGUUUAUUUAACUGAGGAUGGAAACUAUGCUAUUGCUUCAACUGGAAAUGAAGAACCUGAGGUACAAGAACCACAACAAGAGGCAAUGGAAGAAGAUAAACAGGACGAAGACACAAAUUACAUUCCCCAAAUGGAUUAUUCUCGACAAAUUGAAAAGAAGACCUCAGUGGUACCAGGUUCCAAUAAUCCAGAAAUGGACAAUGAAGAUAGUACUGUAACAAUUUCGUUGAUAAUUUCUGAAGAUGAACAUGGACAAAAACGAACUCAGGUUAUAAUACCAACGGCAGAGAACACAAAGUGUGAAAUAUGCAAUAAAACCUUUAAAACAUCUUUACAAUUACUUAAACAUAAUAGAUUGAAACAUGCACGCGAGGAAGAUAUAACGACAAGAAAUUUCCCAUGUGAUUUAUGUCCAAAAAGGUAUCCAGAUCAAAAUUCAUUGGCGCGUCAUCGUAAAACACACACGGGUGAUCGUCCUUUUCAAUGUCUUGAAUGUCACAAAUGUUUUCCAAGUGCACCAACACUUCGUCGACAUUUGAGUCUUCAUAAUCCAAAUUCAAAGCCAUUGCCUUGUAUUUAUUGUGGACGAAGAUUUUUAGAACAAGCCAAUCUUGAUAAACACGAAUUGUCCCAUCGUGCAGCAGAGCAACGGCAUCAUGCCUGCGAUGUUUGUCACAAGACAUUUAUAAGUUCAGUGGAUUUGAAUGUUCAUUUGAAAACUCACGACCCGGAUAGGAAAUUCGAUUGUGAGGUGUGUGGACGUGAAUUUAAUCGUGUUAACAAUUUGCAACGUCAUAUGAUGGUGCACCAACAACAAGGAGAAAGUGAGGAAGUUUUGUCCUGCGAAGUAUGUGGCAUCACUUAUAAAUUUAUGAGCUCUCUAACAAGACAUAUGGUGACUUCACACAUGAAUCCUGAGAAGCUGCGACAACAAGCAGAAGAACAAAGAAAAAAACGUGAGAAUAAUUACAAACGAUAUUUAGAAAAUCGAAGAUUGUACGAAACACAGCGAGCUGGUGGUUUCGUUUCAAAACGAGGAUAUUAUAGAUCAGGUGAUGAACAAGAUGAACAGGAUCAGGUUUGAUUAUGAACUUGAAAGAGAAAUUUUUUGAUGGUUUACUCUAGUCCUUCACGCAUGGAGCUGCAUUGGUACAAAUAAAUAAUCAAUUUGUUGAGAAUAUUUUGCUGCCGAGCGAAAAGUUGACGAUUCUUGAGUAAGUGUAAGGAUGCAUUUAAAAUUGAUGAGUUUCGGUAGAUUUUAGAUUAUUGUAUCGUGACUUCCAUGCCAAUGAUAAUGAGUUGAGUAAAGGAAAACAUUUUUUGAAUCACUUGUAUAGUGUUUCAAUUCGGAUUCAAUGUAAAGCCUUCAUAAAUGUGUAAAUUAUCAGUGACUAUCAAAAAAAAAAAAAAAAGUCACGAAUGAGUUAUUUUUUUUUCUUUUCUUCUUUUUUUUGUUUUUGCUUUGGCAAUUUCAAUAUUGCUUUACAUUAUCGAUCAUAAAAUGUAUCUUUGUUCAGUAGAUAUAAUAUAAUUUAAUAAAGUACUUUUGACGAUUUA